AUGCAUUAAGCUAAUACAAAUUAUAAAUAUCGUUUUAACAGAAGCAGUAUUUUUAACAGUUCUAAAGUUUCAUAUUCGUUUAUGUUUUUUAUAGAUUCGUGAUUGCAUGCAGCAAACAAUGUUUUGGAGAUAUGAGCAAGCAAAUACGACGCACGUGUUAUGGUCGUUUACCAAUGUCGAUCGGUUACUUAAAAAGUUUAAUAAGAAAUACAUAUGUUUAUGUAUCUUUUGGUAAAUGUUUAAAUGCUAAGUAAACAGCUUCUAAAAAUCCUUUCCAGGUAAAAGGGAAAGAUACUUUAUAUUCAAAAACACAUGUAAUAUAGCCCCAUUGUUUUUGACAGAAAUUUUACCCAAAAAAUUACAUGCCUAAUUGAUUGCAAAGCAUUCGAUUUGUUUUGUGUAACCUGCGUUUUGGCGCUUCAAGUGAAAGCGUAUCUUCGGGCGCUUGGUCUGUGUUCACUAAAAACAAACCACUUUCGCAUUGCAACUUGCCACUGGAGCGUUACCGAGAUAUUUCGGUUCAUUCCUUUAACUGCUUGCUUGGUUUUCUAUCUGUUUUUCGCCUUUUAUAGCCGAACUUUAUUACAUAACCGCAGACAUUUUAGCUUCCGACCAGGAAAAGGAACCUUCGGAUGAAGUUAUACAGUUAGGUUCAGGUCAGUCGACGAACAGCAUAACUGUGCCCGUCUGGUCGCCUAGAAGUAUAAAUGAUCGCUGGCGAGUUUCAAAUUAUUUGACAGCAAUAUUUCACGUGAAGGUAGCGAGCUGAGUCAUAGAGCUGUUAACUAUAGAAUCCUUUUUUCGUCGUUUAUGUGUUGUAGGGAUAUGUGAGAAACGAGAAAUUUAAUAUAGCUCAGUAAUGAUAUUCUUUUGUAUUCGGCACGUGUUUGCUUUGGUCCGCGAAAUGAAUUAAACCAAGUGGCGCCCGAAGCCACAGGCUUAAACGCUACUGCCAGCACAUGUGUAUUUGAACAAACACGUAGCCGAGACUGAAUAAGUGAAAAUAUGGCCUCACCGAAGCACCAUGGUUGGUCUGAGACGUGGAAAUGCGGUCGACAGACAAAGCGACUCGGUAAGAACGGUACAGACAAAACUGUGCCAGCAGGCGAUGAAAUAUGCGCCAGUAAAGGUCGAAUAUGUACAGACAAGUUAACGCUAUUGUGCUGAAGUUCAGAAACUUAGUUUGUCCAGAAUUUAUAGGGAAUUGAUAAAGGUUGAGUAAAACGGGACUGAUUAACUCAUCCUUUAACACCCACAGUUGGGUAGGCAAGGCAGUCGGUUAAGGGUUUCAACUUUCGCAUUUUUGUGAGAUAGCAUCAGUGCUAAUGCCCGCGAUGGCUGUCAAAUACUGCCCAAAGACGGGAUAAAUGUCAUAGCGGUCCCUUCUAUUACUGGUGGGCCAGGAAAGGGCAUGACAGACUUCACGCUUGAAAGUUCCACGGCCGACAAGCGAGUUUGAUGGAUAGCGUGUUUGAAAUUAUUUUAUGCCUCAGUUCUGUUAAAUAUACGACAACUCAAUGACGUGUAUUGGGACACCAUAACAAUAAUUCUACGCUUGACUUCACUCGUUCAAAGAGAAUUGAAUAACUUUAUCUUUGUAUAAAGAUAUUUCAAGUUCAAAGUUUCCAAAAUCGUGUAAGAUACUCUAAUAUGUGCUGUUUUCUCUUUAGAGGUAGGAAAUCUUAGUUAGUCGCCUUGUGCGAAACAGACCUCGGAAAUUCUUCAAACGGCCGACAGUUGAGGACAGUGUUUCCAACCAAGCGAGAGGCGGCGAUAACAGAAUUCUGGUUUCUCUAAAAAUACGAGUUGCUGGCGGGGCAGGCGCACCUGAAACCAAGUUACGAACUGGGUGGCCAACGGCUUGACCAAAGAGGGUAUUUACCGCAUAAGUACCUUAAGCAGAGACAAAGAAAUGUUGGCCAAUGUUUUAUGAGUACAUAGAGACAGAGUCAAGAGAAUAUGAUUCAUCUGCACGUCAUCAUUACCGCUGUAGUUCUCUUGAUUGGUGCUUUUGCUGCGUUGCUUAUCUGCCUUUGCGUGGACAUUGUUCCUAUUAUAAAAAGUAGAGGAUCAACGCUGGCGUCACGUGACAGCACUACGAGAGAACAAGCACGGAAACUGAAGAAAUCGUUGCAGGAAUCCCGACUAAAAGCCAUUCAAGACAAAGAAAGCGACCUCGGGAGUACCGGCGAUUUGAAAAGCAAAGAACCCGAUCAGCUGAAUAGUGUUCCAAAUAUUGCGGCUACUAAAGUUACAAGUACAACCACCACCACUACUGUAGUCGUUGAGGCCUCUCCCUUCAGAGAAGAACCGGUUAUCAACUGUUGUCUUGCGGUGCCGGACGGAGAUAACAGCGCUCAGGGCUCCUCGACUGGGAAUUCAUCCGUAACCAAACCGCAAAUAUCAAGUAGGAAUAUUUCGGAAGAGACAUUACGAGAGUCAAGCGAGGGCGAGGUUCAGAAUUUCCACACGGACAGGUGCACGUCCACUGUCUCUGUGUUCAGUUCCGAGCCCACUUGUUGUGAAGGGGCAAAUGCACAAAAGCCCUGCUGCUCACAAGGGUAUAACGCGGAACCACGGCAGACAAGGUUAAAACAUGGCCAAAGACAUUCAACGCGGAAGAAAUUGGCGAUGGUUUCAAACUCGGGUCGUCCAGGUCAAAUUAGUGCUGUACAAAGUAACAGUUCGAGCAGACCCGCAUGUCACACCCAAAGCUCGACCAGAAUUUGUAGCAAUUACCACAACGUCAACCCUUCGCCGUCAAAUAGUUCCGACGCUUACGUGUCAAGUACAGACCACUGCUGUUCUACCGAUUCAGAACGUGGAAUUUCGCCCUCGUCCUACGACUACCACGACGCACCGUGGGACAUGCCAUACAAGGAUAUGCGAAGUGCGCCUGCUUGCCGCUGCUGUUGCCUCGAACAAGAGUCAGCGAAAUACAGGGAGAAAAACGCAGACGAAAGAAUGCAAGUUAAAGUUCCACUCCUGGAAGGGGAUUCGAAGCAAUACACCCGUCAAGAGGAAUGUCAUCGCCACAAACGUCACUCCAAACCGCACCACACGAAACAGCAUCGUGUACAUGGAAAACCGUGUUCUUAUUUACCACAUUCCAUUACUUCGUCCCUCCAUGGCACAGGAGGCAGUUCUCCGCAUUCCUCUUUGUCCUCUUCUCCUUCUUCUCUCUCAUCUUCCUCCCACUCCGGGCAGCGAUGCCGGAGGACAAAACUGGAAGAUAUUCAGGAGGCAUCCGGGUGGUCCGAAGAGGAAAACACAAACCAAAACGUAAAGGAAAUAGAACCACAUGGAAACCAGACCACGACAAUAAAAGAUGCGAGUGAUCAUCGAGAUUCUCCUCUUCAUUCUUGCGCAUCUUCCGUGAACACGGUCGUGGGACAAGCUGACUCGACGCAAAUCGAAUCAAGUAAACCGGAUAAAAAUAUCGAUAUCAGCGAAAACCAGAGACUUAAACUUUCUCGGAACUUUGUUUUGGAUAUGAAAGCGGCGAUAGAAGGUGCAGUUAUGGACGUGCCAACUUGCUCAAUCGCAAACAAUUGAACAGCGCCGAAUAUUAGCUCAUUUGGGUCACUGUGAUAUAUUAAUGCCGCUUAAUUAUGCCAGCCGCUGAAAUUUCACUCAAUAAAGAGUUGCCUUCAGUGA